GGCUUGACGAAGUACUAAGGUGAGGAAUGUCUAAGAAAACAAAGAGGGUUGCUGAUGACGUGGGUGUCGUUGAUGAUGACUUGAAUGACAAGAACAACAAGAGAAGAAAACAUGCUGAUGCUGAGACUGAGGCUAAUGUUGAAGACUCAAGUAGUCAUUCACUUCAACUGUCUGACGUUGUCAAGAGUAGAGACUUAUCAUCCACUGUCUCAUCUGGCGACCAGGGUACCAAGUCAGUCAAAUUUGGAUUAGCUGAUAUUCUUUCUGUGGAGCAUGCUGUUAAUAACCUUCAAAAUGCCUUGAAGACCAUCUUGACAACGGCUGUAGAUGAGGAACAGCUGGAACAGUACAAGAGAGAAGAAGUGGAGUCGUUAGAGGCAUUAAUGGCACUUCAAAGAUCAAAAAUCACGCUUGCUGCUAUGCUCAAAACGCUAUAUAAUGCCGGUAAAUUACAAAUCUUUGAUCAGAUAACGAAUUUCGAGGAGUUACAUGGGAGUCUGUUUACCAAGGAAAAGGUUUCUCUCAAUGUUAAUGCUAAAGCUGAAAAUGGCGAUGAUGAAAUUGACAAUGACGAUGACGAUGAUCUGCAAGAUGGUCAGCUGCCAGCUCUUCCACCUAUCAAUGAUCCUGCGAUUCGGGCAAGAGUAUUCUUACACAAAUCAUUGGUGAAGGAUAAACAGUUCAUUUCUGGAAAGGAAGCUAUACAUACACAUAACGAGAGGUUAGAGUUCAUCGGAGAUUCUAUUCUUAACUAUAUCAUGUCACAGAUUUGUUACAAUGCAUUUCCAGAUGCCACUGAAGGUGAAAUAUCUCAAUUGAGAUCUAAACUUAUAAGCAACGCAACAUUACAAGAAUGGUCUGUGAAAUAUGGAUUCGAUCAAAAACUCAAGAUACACACAGAUGAUAGUAUCUUCAACGGUAAGCUGAAAGUAUACGCUGAUGUGUUUGAGGCGUACAUUGGUGGGUUGUUGACUGAAAGUCCAGACAACUACACUGUGGCAUAUAGAUGGUUGAAGAAAUUGGCUCAACCAAUACUCAAAAGAGGUCUAAGUGUUGAAAGAAAUAAAAAAAGUCCAAAGGCAUUGAAUCUAAAUGCAAAGGUUGAGCUCUACUCCUUAAUUGGUUACGCUGGUCUGGGAUUACAGUAUAAAACUAUCCAUAAGGAAAUUGAAAAUGGAACGAGUUGGUUCGUUGUUGAAUUAAGAACAAAGGACAACAGUCUUCUAGGUACAGGAUCUGCCAAGAACACCAAGGAAGCAGGCAUCAGGGCAGCUAUGGCAGCGUUGGACAAUAAAGAGUUGAUUGAAAAAUACAGCAGAAUGAGAGCAGCAAUCCCAAGAUCAACGUCGAAGGUUUCCUUAAGAGAGGGAGUGGACUCGCUGUAUAACAACCCGUCUCAGCUAAAUGAGGACUCCAUUGAUUCCGACAAACCUUCCCAAAGACAAACACCAACCCCAACUGGGUCAUCCGGCUCGUCCAAUUCUAAUAACGACACCCCUCAGAAGUUGAACAACUCAGGACUUACCUCAUCGGCUUCUUCUUCUUAUUCGUCAUGGGACAAUAAUAAAAACACCAAGAGAUCACGAUCCAAUAAUGGUCAAUGGAAACAAGACAAUUACAGACAAAAAUCUGCUUACAACUCAAGGCCAAACUCUUCUGGAUCAUCAUACAAAAAUGAAGGUAGUUAUGGUUCUGAUAGGUUUUAAACACUAUCGCUCUUUGGGCUCAAAUACCGUAUUACAAGAAUAAAUAGGGAAUUUAUCAAAAAUCAAAACUGGAAAC